UCCCAGCCUACUGUGGAGAGACGCGGCUGCUUUCCGUUUACUGAAAGGGCGAGCUGGGAGGGUUCAAACAUACACGGCGUGGAUAAGAAAAGAGGCCGGAAUUACUGGAUUAUUCCCUCCGAAGAGCGUUGACACUGAGUUUCUCCCACCUCAGAGGUCUCCUUUGUCUUUCACUUGCCUCUCAGGAUGUUUAGCCUGUUGUAACCAUAGUGCAGAGGAACAUCGCAUUAUCAUCAACAGACAGUGGACAAUUAUGCCUCACUUACCCAACAGCCCAACCGCAAAGCCUAACUACAGCUCUGUCUGGCUCGCCUUUGUUCUUCUUGGCAUUUCAGCUAUAAACACUCAAGCUAAAAUUGCCAUUACUGUACCCCAGCAAGUGAGCCUUUCGGCCAACUUUUCCACUCAGCAACUAUCCAUUUCCUGGUUGGGAGGAGAGGCCACAACCUUUGAUCUCAUAAUUUUAAGGACAGAAUUCAACGAAACUGUCUUUUAUGACACAGUCUCUGCAGUAUUGAACCAGGAUGGUGGUCAGCACCAAUGGACCUGGACCUCUGUCGAACCUCUGGAGUGUACAUCACUAUCAGUGAAAGUCCGCUCAAGAGAAGGAAAAACAAUAAGUGAAUGGAGCGAACCUCAGAUCCUGGAAGGAAGAGAUCUUCCCAGCAACAGUGUUCAAAAUAUGUUUCCCCAGGACCGCACCGUGCCUGUAGGGGCGAACACAACAUUCUGUUGCAUUGUUGACGAGGGGAAGGAGUUUAAAAGCAUCCUCUACGGCACCACAGUCAUGAACGUGAAACGUUUGAGUCGACGAAGUUAUGCCACCACAGCUGUUAAUCAGAAUAUAUCUGGCCAAAGUGGAACCAACGUUGUCUGUCUUUCAAAUUACCCGUCUAGACUGACAGGAGCUGUCAUUUUUGUUGGAUAUCCACCCCUACUCAGCAAGUUUGAGUGUGAGACUCGUGACUUGAUCAUAGCUGAGUGCCAGUGGGAGGAAGGACGAAGCACUAACCUGUAUCGCAAGAACGCAAACCACUACUCUGUAAACGAGAGGGACUGUCCUAAGAGGCAGAGGUGUACGCUGUCUCAGUGGGACGGUAACUGGACUCUCUUGGCUGUUAAUCCUCUUGGUCAGUACAGUCUGACGGACUCGGCCGAAGUUAGUCACAGAGUGCACCCAGUAGCACCAGUUAAGCUGACUCCUGUUGCCCAUGCCUGGAAUGCGACUGUGCACUGGGAGUGGACAUACAGUAGCUAUUCCUCUCUGGCUCUUGUCUGCCAGGUAGAACUCGCUAGUCACAAUACAAUGCUCGGAAAUUUCUCUGGUGUGGGUCUCCGUUCUGCGGUUCUGCUGGACCUCCAACCUGACGAGGAAUACAAAGUUAAGGUCCGCUGCGGAUCCCAGAAGAAUUUCUGGAAGUGGGGAGACUGGAGCAAAGCACUUUCCUUUAAAACCAAACCCUAUGUUCCAGAUGCCCCUGAUGUGUGGAUGUGGAUGAACAGAGACAACACUGGGCUGGUUGUUUGGAAGCCUCUGACACGACGGCAGAGCCACGGUCAGAUCGUGGGCUACAAGGUUACUCUUUGGAAUUCUGAAGAAAAUGAACAACACACCGAGAUUUUAUCUCCGGAAAGUAAAGUUUUGCCAGUCAACCUCACACGAUGGGCUUCAUUCAGUGGUGAUUACAAAGUCAUUGCAACGGUGAUUGCAAAGAACGUGGAGGGGAUGUCUCAACCUGCAAGUGUACUGUUGCGUUUGAUAGAUGAUGAGCCCCCUGCGUUGGCCCAGACAGUUUAUACCAGCACUGGGUUCCCUUUGAGCUGGCAGCACAAUGACAACAGUACAUGCGGUUAUUUGGUUGAGUGGUGUAAUGCCUUAUGCACGCGUGACUGCCCUGUGGACUGGAUCAGACUGGACGCUGGAAACACUAACAUCUCUGUUCAGUCAGCCGACUUCCAGCCUGGGGUGAGAUACAACUUUUCCCUCUAUGGCUGCCCGUCAGAUUUCCCAGUACUUACGCAUCGCUGGCAAGGAUACAUGCAGGAGCUGGCGCCGUCCAGCUCUGUCAGGCUGGAGAUCACUCAGCAGGGCUGUGAUGUUGUCCUUACCUGGGAAGAGAUCCCACUGGCUGGCAGGAGAGGCUUCCUCCUAGGCUACAACGUUUACAUCAGCAACGGUUCCCAGCUCACACGUCUUGCAAAUCUGGACCUUGGAACAAGGACAUACACUAAAAAGGGUCUUUCUGUAAGCAUCCAUAAAUUUACUGUCAAGGCCUACACAUCUGCAGGCGAGGAUACUGGCGGCACCGCUUCCAUCAGGCUGGAGUCAUGUGAUGGACUGAUUCUGGAAAUUUUGGCUUCUUUGGGAAUGAUGACCUUGUUACUGGCCACUGUUGCCUAUUUUUGCUACAAGAAACGAAGAUGGGUAAAAAAGGCGUUCUAUCCAGACAUCCCUGAGCCCAAGCUGCCUGGUGAUUGGUUCAGGACACAGGGACUUUUGGAUGUGAAGCCACCUCCCCACAGUAUGGUCCACAUCAUAGAGAAACCUGAGCGGGAUUCUAGUAAGGACGCCCUUGUUGUCAUUCCUGAGGAAGAGGAGGAUGAUGGGGAGGGAAUUGGAGAUGAGCCAGUAGACACAGAUGAGCCACAGUCGUUGCGCUACUACAACCAAGUGGUAGAUGAACGCCCCAUAAGGCCGCGUUUUCCAGACUCCUCAGUUUCUUCCUCGUCUUCUGUAGAUUCAGCCAACACUGAUGUGACGUACACGGGUAUCCAGACAUCCUGCUCCUCUUUGGUCUUCCGUUCAGACUCUCAGUGCUCCUCUGAGGGCUUCCAACCACACACUGGUUUCUCUGUGAGCAGCGGGGAUAGAGGAGGGGGUUACCAGCCACAGAUGCAGCCUGUAGCCCUGGGUGGAAACCUAGCUUCUCCUGAGCCUCUUGUAGAGCCCCAGGUUGUUAGUUCUGGAGGCUACAAGCCCCAGAGCUCCUGGCUUUUAGACUCUCCCACUGAGACUGAUGAAAAGAUAAGCCCACCCCCCUCGCUGGGUUCACCCACCUCUGUAGCUUCUACUCAGUUUCUCCUUCCUGAUAGCGAGGAACACGAAGAAGAGAGACGACAGCCAUCAUCAUCGGCCGCAGCCUGGUUCACCAACCUGCUGUCAUCUGCCAAACCGUGAGAGUAUCUCAUUUUAUCUGUCAGUGGGGAUAACCUCAAUGAUUUCUGUUACCAGUGUCCCAUAUCGACAUGCAAGAAAGAAUCUUCCCUCCUCAUUAAAACUUGCAUUUUGAGUUAAAAAAUUAUUUUCAAUGUGUCUUCAGCAAAAGAGUCUACAAAUAUACAAGUCAUUGACUCCGUUUUGGUGGAAUAUAGAUCAAUAUGUGCAUAAGAAAAUGUAUUCUGUCAUGAAAUAUCUACAGAUUUGCUUACAUUUCAGCUUAGUUGUUUUGUUAUGUAAAUAUUUGGAGUCUAAAAAACUGGAAACAAAAAUAAGUUUGAAACCCUCUGAGAGCACUAUUAAAAGGAGUCUUAAACACUAGAAAAGAGAAGUUAUUGCAAUGUUUAGUAUUCUUUUUGUGCAUAUCUAAACUUUAAAUUCUGACUAAAAGCAUGCAUACACAAACAAUCCCUGCAAUGUGUAAAUUUAUAUUAAACUCAGAUGUUUCAGUCUGAACACAGUACAAGAAAAGAUAUAUCUUGAACCUUAGCAAAUUCUUAAAAACUGAACUAAUUAUGGACUGAUUUCAUCCAGACAUCAUUAGGCCUAUCUGUUUUAUCUUGCAAAAUAACUUAUGGAGUCCCCAAAUCAUUGCAGAUGUUUUAUUACAUGUAAUGAGUUACAAUUUCUGAUUGUCCUCACCGUGUUUUUAGUUGCAGCUUUGUAGCAAGAUGGUAGUGACCUGAUGAGGCUUGCCUUUGCUGCUACUUUAUGAUUUUAGUUUGACAUAUAAGAACAAACAGAAGGCAGAAGAUUUGAUACCUUUUACAGUAAGCAGCACCUUGCACAUUUUUGGCACCCUUGGUGAAGAUAAAAUAAGUAAAAUAAUGAAUUAUUUAUUGCAGCAACAUAAUCAUUGCUCUGUAGUGACGGUUAAGCUUUGGUGAGUGGCUCUUUUCUUGUAGCAAUCCCCCCUUUAUGAACCUGAGCACUCAUCUGUCUUACAUAAAUGGUGUGCUUUCUUGUCUUUCCAAUUUUAAAGAGUGGAUAAGAUUAAGUGGCCACUAGUCAUAUGGUAUGACAAGCCCAAUUUUUUUUUUAAAGUUGGCCGUUGUGUAAAAUGUAGGUAAAAUUAAAAUAUAAUUAUUUAUAAAACCCAUACGCCAAUAUUUUAAUCACAGUGGAACAAAGAAACCAAUUCAGAUAUUUAGGAAAUUGUACCAUAUUUAGGAAUAAAUAAUGAUGGUGGCAACACAUCUCAACCGAACAUGGUCAACAUGACCAGAGAACAGUUUUUCACUUUGCCUCGGCCCAUACUGUUCAUGUAGUCAUACAUGUAACAGAAUCCGACCAGUUUAUAAUGCAGUGCUGCCUGAAGACCGGAAAAUCACUUGCAUCCAGUAUUGACCUUUGCUCUUGUCCUUUAAUAUCAUGAACUGUGGAUAAGGAGAUAUUCCACUUUGUCCCAAAUUGGCAGACUAGUGAACCUUUGCCCAUCUUUACUUCUCAGAGGUUCAGCCUCUCUAAGAUAUUUUAUAUAUCAAUUUCUCUCUCUGACCUGUUGUCAUUUAGCCCACUUAGUUGCAGAAUGCCCCUCCGGCUUUUUAUUAAUCCUACUUUUUACUUUUACAGCCUUCUGUUGCCUUUUUGCUAGCUUGUUAGAGAUAUGUUGCUACCAUUAAAUGCAAAAUUAUCUUAUUUGUUUUUAAAGGAAAAAAAGGACAAUUUUGUAGUUUAAACAUUUGAUGUUUACUGUUUCAAUGGGAACAAAAUAUGGGUUUAUGAGAUUUGAAAAUCACUGCAUUUGUUUUACAUUUCGUGCAAAGCUGCAACUUAUUCUUUUUUUUUUUACCUGAUGUGUAAUUAAAAGUUCCCCGACACAGAUCAGCUUAGAAAAGAACAAAUUCUACAUAGAUUUAAGGGGUACAAAACUUUUCACAUCAGUGAAUUUGCAAAAAAAAAAAAGUUAUUUCCCAAAAAAAAAAAAACUCACAAAACAUUUCAUUCAAAGUUGGCUUUUUCUUAGGUAUUAAUUUUUUUGAAGGAUUCUACACAUCUCUACAAGAGGUGCUACUAAAUGUGGAGUAUUCUCUCGGUCUGCUGUUGGGGUUAUCUUUUCUGCUGUCAGUUGAUGAGUUACUGAAAGAAAAUAUGUCAAGUAGCUUUAACAGAAAUGAAUAGUAGUGAAGUAGGUUACAUUUUAUAUAUUGUUUUUAAUUUUUGUUUGGACCGAAAGACGCACUUAUAAAGAAGUGGUGCUUUCUGUUGUGGUCUGAACAUGUGUGGGGAUCAAACCCAUUAGAUAUACUAAAAUAAGCUACAAUAUUAAUAUAAACUCAUAUCACUUAUUGAGAAAACUGUUGUUUCUAUUGAGUUUUCAUUUUGUCUUCCAUAACCAGUAGAGUUCAUUUUGUUUCUUAAAAACAUUUAACUUCUGGCCAGUGUCUACUUGUAAAGCUGUGCUGUGCAUUAUUGAGAUGAUUAUGGGUAUUAAAUGUUUUCUGAAUAUUAAAUCUAUCCUCUGUGUACAGCGCAGAAAUUAUCUUGAUAGGUGUUAUGCUUCCAAGAAUUUGCACCACUUCACCUUUCACUGCCUUAUCAAGAAGUGUGUUAAAAAUGUUUUGCAGGUAUGCAAUGUACAACUGAUCCAAAAUGCACUGUGGACAUACAGGUCCUACUGGAGUGUUAAUGUUGAAAAUAUAUUUUUUAUGUAAAAUCCUUGUUUGGUUUAAACUACACUACAGCUUAUGUUUGUUGUCUUUUAAAUGCAUAAAGCCACUUUUUUUUGUUUUUAUAGUUCAGGAAAAGGGACCAAGGGGAAACCAUAUAUCAAAAUGAGAUUCUAAAUCGUCAUUUGGCUUUUAAACAGUCAGAAAAAUUACUUUGAAUGAAAGAAAGAAGACAUGUCAAGGGGCAAAUAUAGCUUUUUCAGCCUUUCCCUUUCAGUUGUGUUCUCACUUGUAGCUGUUGAUUGUUAAAUACUUUUUCGUGUUCAGAAAUCAAAAGUAUAAAAGCUUGACAGGAAAACCAGCAUGCACAAGGCAGCUGAAAGUGAUAGGCUAGGAGAAAUGUUGUCUGAGUGCAGUAGCUUGAGGACUUGAUAAACCAGCACCCUUUGGACUGAUUUCUGUGGUGAGCCCUGUCUGUUUGUAAUUUGUAACAGUUUUUGCCCAAACCUUUAUUUGAGUUCUGACCAGCAUUGUUACUCUGACGCCCACAACCGUCAUCAGUCCUAUUCUUCAAACAACUGUGUCCCCAGAAUACUUUGUAUUAGCAAGCCAAGAAAUAAGUUUGCAAAUCUAAUUUUCUCCACAUAAUUGGUCUGUUUUAAAUGUAAGGGUGAAACUAUACUGGAAUUAUGAAACUGUCAAAACAUUAUUACCUGGACACAACAUGUCACUUGUUGUGGGACAAUGUGUUUGGUUUGGCUAUGAAGACUUUAAAAGCUGCCAAAGGCAAUUAUUAAAAAGGUUAGUAAUUAAGAUCAAAAUCACAAAGUCAGGGCACCACCUGAUUACCAGGAAUUAAUAGCCAAACAGCUCUGUCUCUCUCAGUUAAUGUUUUAUGAUUACCUGCCUGUUGAGGUGUGGUAUUAGGACAAUAGAUGAAGAAGUGAAUUUCUCUCAAGAAUAUCUCAACAGGAUAAUUCAAUUCCAAGUUGGUUAACAAACUCGUUAACUAGGCUAACAUUCAGCUAAGCUGCUUAGUAAAAAUUAUGAGGAAAACUAAUAAACUAUAAUAAAAGGAAACAGAAUAAUGAACCAUAAUCAAUAAUAUUAUGCAAUGAUAUCAUAUUUCAGUAUGAAUUUGUUUGCUUAAAAACCAAGGUUAGUUUAAGGAAUUUGGAAAGAGGUCAAAUUAAUUUUAAAAUUAAUUAGUGUUCAAACAACCUGUUUACAAUGCAAAUCAAGGGGGGUAAAUAAAAUAAUAUUUUAAGAAUAAUUAGCCAAAUUAGAAAUUCAUAACCUUUUGGACAUUUCUUAAAGUUGUAUUGAUUAACCCUCAGUGACUUAUUGAAUAGUUAUGGACUCAUAGAUGGUAGCGGAAAACCUUUAUCAACUCUCACAAGAUCGCCGAGCAAUGCUGCAGUUCCUUCUCUCAGGGAAGCGCAGGGGCAAAAAAAGCUUAUUCAACGUAGUCGAGAACACCGUCUCAUCUCGGGGAAUCUUUGGCUCAGGUUCUUUUCAGCAGGAGCUCAGACAGAGAGGUUAAGGUGACUAGUCUUAGUUGUGGCCGGAGGACUGUAACUGGGUUAUGCAUACAGCAGACCGUAGUUAACUUUUGGAUCCAAGGUUUCUCAGAAGAUGGAGAUAUGAUGUUUUUUUUUUUUACUCAGCCAGCGAGGUCCAAACAUUGACGUGCAAAGCGGCCAGUCAGUGCUGUCUGUUAAAAGAUGAUGAGUUGCUGCUGCGCAUAGACCUUUGUAGACACAAAGGUUUCCAGCUGUGAUUUCUUAUCAGGAGCUGUGCAGGGGGAUGGGUUAAAACUGCAUUCUGGGAUUCAGAGUUUUUACCAGUCUUUUGUUCUCUGUGUGUGUAGUUCACCGGUGGUUUCAUUCCAUUACUGGGCCAACACACUUCACUCAAGCUCUGUCAGACUGUAAUUAGUUAACCCACAUGUUGUUUGGCACCAAAAGUCACUUCAAGUGGUGGAUGGAAGGGACAAUAAAAUACUCGUACGACAGCUGUAGUUGAAUAUUCUCUUUCAUUUGGCUCAAGCACACAGAAAAAAAAAAAUGCCAAGGCUACAGCUAUUUAUAGUGGAUAGACAUGCAGAGGAAACAUUUGGAGGAAGUGAUUAAUGUGAUCUGUAGGCAUCAGCAGAUGUUUGUACUGCCGGAUGACAAAUAAAAGUAAAAAGCAUUAUAAAAGAAAGCAUUUUCUUCGCUGGCAGUGUAUGUUUACGAACAACACUGGCAGUUGCCUCGAUAGUCACCAUGGCAAGAACUGUGUUGUGUCCUUUUCCGUCAGGUUCGGGUUGGUAUUUGCCUUAAAUUCAAAAUUUCAAUUGUUAAAUAAUCCUGUGGGAAUAAGUAGUUCCAGGCGAGACAAUUCUCAGCCUAAUCUAGCUUCGUCACCCGUUUACUUCCAUUGUGCUCAAUUAUAUUUUUUUCCAUGCAUGGUCUGUAGCAAAAGUACUUACCAUCAUCCUUUUCCUGUGGGGUUGAAAACACAUUCCUGAUCAAAAGGUCUUUUUUUUUAUUGUUUUCUUUUAUCUUCAGCCACAGGGAGUGACAGGCAUCAAGAUGGUGCCAAUAAAACCAUUAUGUCAUCAUGAGUAUAUGAAAGUGUCUUCUUUUUGAUAUGUUUCGGUUUUAGAAAAAUGAGUUUUUAAAAAUAAUUAGAAGAACAACUGAAAGGUUUUUUGGUAUUUUUUUAUAUUUAAGGUUUUUGAGAUUUUUAAGUUCCGUGGCUCAAAAAUAUAUUUGCCCUUUACAGACACUGUGUAUUUGGUAAAGAUGCACCAUUGGAGAGGCCUUACAAAAGUAUCUGUAUGGAAAGUUUAGCUGACACUUCUUACAUUUUCUGGGUUGCUCAAUUAAUCAUAUUUCAAAGUCAGAAAUUGUAUUCUCUUCGGCUGACAGUGGUAUAUUACUUUAGUGCCUCAAAUCAACAAGCUUUAAUAAAAAUUACUGUGACAUAAAAAUGCUAUUAAUGGAUGUUUAUUACAAGUAAGUUACUAUUAAUGGGCAAUCAGCCCAGCUUUUUUUACAACUAAGAAACUGGCCUUUUUUUCUUUGGCUUGUAAAACUGAUGUAAAGAGUGCAUAUAGUUAUGAGUGUUGAAAAAUUGUUAAUGAUAUCCUUUAAAGUCAUUGAAGAUGGUGUUCCAGGUUUGGCAACUUUUGAUUUCUUUUAACGGUUUAUGUACAAGUAAUUGCUCUAUAUGUUGUCUCCUUGUAACAGCAAAAAUUUUAUAUCGUUUUUUUUUUUUCGCGUAAUGAAACACAAGAAGUUUUUUCAAAAAAGAAAUAUAAACAUUAAAAUUGUUUAACUCAACUUUCUAUCAUAUCACACACUCUUUUUAUGAGAGAUGAUUCGGAUAAGGCUGGAAUACCCACCACUGAUACAUGGAAACUCUUGCAUAUCAUUUUUUUUUUUCUUCAUCUCUGUGGAAAAGAUAUGCAGGGUACAGUUUAACAUCUCAAUAUUAGCUCGAUGGUUUUCUGAACUUGAUGCAUGCCGCAUAAACUUUAAAUACAAAGCCACUGUAAUGUAAAUUUCAGUGGCUUUGUAAGCCUUUAAAAUGCCUAUGAUUUUGUUAUCUUUGACUUUAAACACUAACUCUGACUAACACAUUGCAUGAUAACAUGGCUUUAAUGUUAUCUGUAAAAAAUGUUUUCCCUUGAAUUUCUGUAAAAUGUAGAGUAUAUUGCAGAAUAUUUUAUUAAGGACCUAAGCAGUGUAGAAAUAGCUUCUGUGUGAAUGUUAGCAUCAAUACAACAAAUUGCUGAUUCAUGUUAAAUGCAAUAAAGUGCUUUUUGUCUGAA